GAGGAUCAGUUUAUUUCAGUACGCUAGAUUUGGCUUCUGGCUACUGGCAAGUAGAAGUGGAGGAGAGCGACAGAGCGAAAACGGCGUUUGUAGUACCAUCAGGUUUUUAUGAGUUCCAGACCAUGCCUUUUGGCCUCUCUAACGCCCCUGCGACUUUUCAACGACUGAUGCAAAAAGUGUUACACGAAUUGAUGCCCCACAAGUGUCUCGUUUACCUGGACGAUGUCAUUGUACACGGAAAAACAAAAGACGAGCACCUAAACAACUUGGCGGAGGUGCUAACACGCCUAGUAAAUGUGGGCCUCAAACUCCAGCCCACAAAGUGCCAUUUACUACAGACCGAGGUAACGUAUCUUGGGCACGUCAUUUCGGGGAUGGGGAUUCGUACUGACCCUCGUAAGACGGAGCAAGUGAGAUUAUGGCCAACCCCUGCCAACGUUGAUGAACUACGCAGUUUUUUAGGGUUAGCCUCAUACUAUCGGCGAUUCGUGAAAGGGUUCUCAGAGAUCGCUGCGCCUUUGAAUACCUUGUUACAGAAAGGUAAGACCUUCGAAUGGACCGUUGAGUGUCGAAAUUCAUUCGAUCGGUUACGAGAAUCCCUUUGUGCAGCUCCGGUGUUGGUUUUCCCCGAUCUGUCACCAAAUGCCGGGGAGUUUAUUCUAGACACGGACGCGAGCGACCAGGCGAUUGGAGCUGUUUUGUCACAGAAAGGGCAGGACGGAAUAGAACGAGUGGUGUCGUACAGCAGUAGAAGUCUCAGUGCAAGAGAACGGAAUUACUGCACAACCAGAAAGGAAAUGCUAGCCCUAGUAUUCUUUAUAAAACAAAACCGACACUACCUAUUAGGAAGGAAGUUUCUGGUACGAACAGAUCAUCAGUCACUUCGUUGGUUACAGAAUUUCAGAGACCCCGAGGGACAGAUCGCCAGAUGGCAGGAACAACUUCAGGAGUAUGAUUUUGAGUGCAGACACCGACCUGGUGCACUGCAUGCCAACGCGGACGCUCUUUCCAGACUUCCUACUCGUGCUCAUGGAGACUGCCCGUCUUGUAGUACACAACACGUAGCUCUAGUUAACCUUCAAAGUUCGGAGUACGGUCGCUGGCAGGAGGCACAGGCAGCAGAUCCAGACGUAUCACCGAUCUAUGACAAACGGCUGUUGGGGAGCGACAAACCUACCGCGAAGGAAAUGGAGGGAAAAAGUUACGAAGCUCGAUGCUUAUGGGCGAUGUGGGACAAGCUCUCUAUCGAGGAAGGUGUGCUAGUGUUUGAUUUUGGCCCAAACUAUAUCAGGAGAAUCGUAGUUCCGCGAUCAUUAGUUUCCGAAGUGCUAUCUAAACUGCACGAACAGCUGGGUCAUGCUGGAAUCAACAAACUGGAAGCGGCAGCACGUCAACGUUUUUGGUGGCCACACCAACGGAGAGACGUCACUAACUUUUGCCAGACGUGUGAGACAUGCGCCACAUUCAAGAACCCGACCAUCACCAGGAGAGCACCAUUGCAGCCUAUGAAUGCAGGCUACCCGAACGAGAUUGUGGGAGUAGAUCUUGUUGGUCCCCUACCAGAAACAUCACGUGGCCAUCGGUACAUCUUGGUCAUGGUCGACUAUUUCACCAAGUGGUGCGAAGCAGUUCCGAUCGCCCAAGCCGAUACAGUCACCGUAGCAACGGCGAUGGUAAAUCACUGGGUGUGUCACUGGGGAGCACCGGGGCAGCUACAUUCUGAUAGGGGCUCAUGUUUCGAGAGUUUGCUGGUUCAGGAACUUUGUCGUGUGUUCGGUAUAGACAAGACGCGAACGACUGCUUACCACCCGCAAGGCAACGGACAAGUUGAGCGUACAAACCGGUCGCUGAAAUCGCUACUGAAGGCCUUUGUGGAGCAAAAUGUAAGUGAGUGGGACGCUAUGUUACCAAAAUGCUUGCUGGCAUAUCGAAGCACAGUGCACGCUUCGACUGGUCAAACACCAUCUUUUAUGUGGACCGGAAGAGAAGUCCGAUUACCGUCUGACAUCCGAUUACCCAGUCCGCAACAGCCACAUUCAUCGGUGACAGAGUAUGUUAGCAAACUCCUUGAUUCGCUUCAUCAAACACAUCAAGCAGCACGUAUUCACCUUGGGAACGCCCAUCGACGACAGAAAGACUAUUACGACAAGAAAGUUUUCGGCGCUCCUUUAAAGGCUGGCGACCAAGUUUACUUGCACCAGGUACCAACGGCAGGAGUUCCGGUUAAGCUACACCAUGAGUGGACAGGACCGUACAUAAUACAGCGGGUGAUAUCGGAUGUGACAUGUGUUAUCAAAGAUCCCAACAACCCUGCCAGUCAACCCAUGACAGUACAUUUCAAUCGACUCAAGCCAUUCCGGAGAAAAACUGACCAAUCUGUCGAGGGGCCGAACGAAACGCCUGGGGAAGUAGCAGUUGAACUGGAGGUGCCGGCUCAGGGCGGCUAUGGGGUGGCAACGGGGACGCUGCCUGCUUAGAGGGGGUGUGGUGUAGAGAAGAAUCGAUAUUGUUUUGGCGCGCGUUCAAAGUUGAAUCGUUGCUAUAACGGCACUCUCUCCCGUUUGCCUUUCAGAGCGCCUUUCCUGCUCCAUUACCGGAGGAGAACAAGAAUACGACAUUGGUUAACUAGGCUACGUGUUGUGUAAUAGAACUUCGUUCUCAGCCCUUGGAGUUCUUCCGUGCUUGCGUGUUACAAAGUGGCGACCCUGCCAAGUCACAAGAAUCAGGAAUCCAUCAUUAGUCUAAUGAAGAUCAUGCCAAGAAUGAACAACAAGUCUGAUGACGAAGGCCAUUCUGAUGUCGUUGACCCCACUACCAGACUUUCCGCUUCACUGGAUGUUUUGUCCCGUGCUUUGGAAAAGUUGUCAACAGGCUCGAGUUCGCCAGUCUGUAUGCAUGCAAUCCCACCUCCGGAGCGUUACACUCCCGGGAUGCCGUACUCCAGAUGGGAGAAACAAGUCCAGCUUUACCUCCGGCAGUUCCCAGUCCACCAACAUUCAGGCGUGCUCGCCGGUUUACU